AAGUACACCGUACAACUAUUACUCCCUAAACUUGGUAGUAGAUUUUUAAGGCAACUUUCUCUCUCUACUCUCUCACUUUCUCUCUCUUACUCUCUAGGGUUUGGUUUCUGCUCUUCAAAUCAAAAUCUCCGCAAAACCCCCCCAUUUUCCUCUCAGAUUCAGAUUGAGAAAAAGGGUACUUUUUGUUUCUGUUAUUCAUCACGAAAUAUUCAAACUUUCUGCAAAUCUAGCUGAAGAAGCAGCAGCAAAAAGCCCAGAAAAAAACUAAGGAAGCAAAAGGGUGUAUUGGGAUUGGAUUUGAUUUUGAUUUGGAUUUGGAUGAAUCAAGUUUGAGUGAGAUUUUGAUUGACACAAAAUGCCUGAAGUUUAAUUUCACAAAUUAGCAAAUUUCUGGGAGAUCUGUUUUGUAUGUUUGUUUGUUUGUUUAUAAGAGAACUGAGGAUUGAGAAAAACCCCCAACAUUUUGCCCAGAAACUCUGUUUACUGGACAGUUAGUUAUCCUUUUUCUGGACCAAAACAAACAAGGGACUGACCGACAAAUUUGAGGAUGGACAGAUCAAGAUCUAAGAGGAGCUACUACUAUGACCACCAAGACUAUGACCCAGAACCCUUUCCAAGGACACGACCAAGAUACAACAACAACAACUCUGCUCCUAACCAACACCAUUACCCCAGUAGUCGCCAUCGUGGCGGCGGCGGAGGAGGAGGGUUUGGUGGGGGAGGCGGAGGUGGAGGUGGAGGUGGAGGUGGUGGUGGGGGUGCUGGUGGAGGAGGGAGAAUGGGAGGAAAGGGGGGUUCGGAUUCAUCAAUGGUGACAACAAGUUAUAGGAUAUUAUGCCAUGAUAUGAAAGCAGGAGGUGUGAUUGGUAAAUCAGGGAGUAUAAUUAAGGCAAUUAGGCAACAUACUGGGGCAUGGAUCAAUGUUCAUGAGCUAAUGCCUGGGGAUGAGGAGAGGAUUAUUGAGAUUUCUGAUACUAGGAGGAGAGACCCUGAUGGGAGAAUGCCGGCAUUUUCGCCGGCUCAAGAGGCAUUGUUUUUGAUCCAUGAGAGGAUUCUUGAGAGUGAAGGGUUUGUGGAAGGGGAGGGUGAUUAUGGUGGGCCCGGAAGAGGCGGCAUGGGUGGUGGUGCUGGUGGUGGGAAUAACAAUGGGAGAGUGGUAACAAGGUUGGUGGUAUCAAGAAUGCAUGUGGGGAGUUUAUUGGGGAAAGGAGGGAAGAUUAUUGAGCAAAUGAGGAUGGAGACUAAAACUCAGAUUAGGAUACUCCCACGCGAUCAUACCUUGCCUCGUUGUGUUUCGAUGGGAGAGGAGAUUGUUCAGGUUGUUGGUGAUAUGAAUGCUGCAAAGAGUGCCAUAUCUAUUAUUUCAUCACGCUUGAGAGAGAGCCAACAUCGCGAUCGCAGUCAAUACCAAGGGAGAAAUAACUCAGAGGAUCGAUUCGUUGAAGAUGACUUUAAUCCUCACAUGAAUCGCAGAUCAUCUAUGGAUGGUUCACCUUACAAUUCUCGCCUACAGUCCAAUUCUAAUAAUAAUAAUAGGAGCAAUAACUAUUCAUCUCGUUCGGGUGGCUAUAUGUAUGAGCCUGAAGGUGCUAACCGUACUGAAAACUUUCAACCCUCUUUUGAAGAUCUUGUGUUUCGGAUACUUUGCCCGAAUGAUAGAGUUGAUAGCGUGGUAGGGGAGUCCAGUGGGAUCAUGGAUCUUCUUCAAAAUGAAAUUGGUGUUGAUGUUAAGGUUUCUGAACAGCCUGAUGGUUCAGAGGAGCGCAUACUUGUUGUCUCAUCUGAUGAGGGGCCUGAUGAUGAACUAUUUCCAGCUCAAGAAGCAUUGCUGCAUAUUCAGACUCGUAUUGUGGAUUUAAUUCCAGACAAGGAUAAUAUUAUCACUACGAGGCUGCUUAUUGCGUGUAGUGAUGUUGGAUGCUUAGAUGAAGGAGAUGGAUCGUUAUCUGAGCUGAAGAAAUUAACUGGUGCAGAUGUAGAAGUCCUUCCAAGGGAGAAAGUUCCAGCAUUCAUAUCAGGCUCUGACGAGGUCGUCCAGAUUGUUGGAGAGAUAAAAGAUGCUCGUGAAGCUCUUGUAGAGGUGACUGCUAGACUAAGGAGCUAUCUAUAUAAGGAGUUCUUCCAGAGGGAUAUGCUACCACCACCCGACCCAACUCCAGGUUCUUUAGGAAAUGGGCCUUCUGGGCCAGAACAAACCAAUAAUUCUGGUCCAUUCUAUGAAUCGUUGGCUGGUGAUUCUCCCGCUGUAAUUUCUCAAAGUGUGCAAACUACUGCAACUGGACAACCAAAUAAGGAUGCUGGAUUGUCCAGCAGUGAAACAUCAAGACAGAAUGAAAAUGACCGCCGUGAAGAUAGUGCCAGCAGUCGCCGUGAAGACACACCAACCAGCUUGAACAGUGGUAGGAUGCAGGUACCCUUGGUCACUAGGAGUACUUUGGAAGUUGUCAUACCAGAAUAUGCAGUUACAAGGCUUCUUGGGAAAUCCAAAAACAAACUGGCUCAAAUUAGUGAGUUAUCUGGCGCCAAUGUUACUCUGAUAGAUGACGACCCUGAGCUUACCGAAAAGGUCAUCAGGAUAAGAGGAAGUCCAGAGCAAGCUGAGAGAGCCCAGAGCUUGCUACAAGGCUUUUUCUUGAGCAUUCAAGAAGACGCCCCUUAAGCCGUGUUUGGGGAUGAGUUAAUGCAGCAAAAUGGGGAAAGCUCUUACAAUUAUUUCCCCAUUUGUUGUUGUUGUUGUUGUUGUUGUUUUCAGCAACUUUUUGGUGAGGCAUCUGAGAAAAGCUUUCUCUUUAUCCUUAACGCUUCCAGAGAGAACUAAUGUAGGUGUAGAGUUUUCGGAAGCUGAGGAAUUCAGAAGGGUCUAUUUUUGUGUUGUAAAUAUAAAUGUAUCCAGAAUGCGAGUCUCAGGUGUACUUCCUUCGGAUUAUUUUUCUAGUUAAAUUCGGUCAAUGUAUUAGUUUCUGUCGGUAACCUCGAUCUGUAGUACGUCUAGUUGGAUGUAUCAUUUUUGUUUCCAUGGAUGAUGUUUUAUCAUUUCCUCUUCUGAGAAAGGAAGCUUGAUGAUGCGAAAACCCUUGAAAUGUAUUGUUACAUCAGUUUGAUUAGGAUGAAGAUUCAUUUGUACUCCA